AUGGAACGUUGCCAUAGUAAUACCAGUACUAAAAAGGGCAAAGACCCUAGCAACUUUGACAACUAUAGGCCUAUCUCCCUCACAAGCGUGCUGGCUAAACUUAUGGAAAGAAUGGUUAACAGGUGGCUCACCUGGUUCCUUGAGACUAACAAUAUUCUUAGGAAUGAACAAGCAGAUUUUAGGCCACAAAGGUCAAUUAACCAACAAGUAGCCACUCUCUCCCAACAUAUCAAAGAUGGCCUUGAUGCAAGAAAUACCCUUACGGCUGUUUUCGUCGACUUCAAAUCAGCAUAUGACUUAGUAUGGAAAGAGAAGCUAAUUCUAAAAUUGGCAAAGAUUGGUAUUAAGCAUAACAUGCUAAACUGGAUAAAAGCAUUCAUUGGACAAGAUCAUGUAAAGUCAGAUAUGGAAAUGAUCCAUCCAAAUCAAAAUCUUUUACAAACAGGCCUUCCACGGGGAGCUGUCACAAGCUCCACUCUUUUCAAUGUCUUUAUCAACGAUAUAGCCAAACUGGUACAGACAGUCACGGGCAUCAAGUGCUUAUUUUAUGCAGAUUAUCUUGUUCUAUGAAAAGAAUUCCCGACCUCAAUGUGCAACGAAAUUAAAGCUCGAAGAGAGAAUUCAAGACCCGGUGCAACGAACUUAAAGCUUAACAAAGGAGAAACAGUGAACAGUGGCACUCUCCGACAUAACCAAGGAGAAAUAGUGGACAGUGGCACUCUCCGACAUACCCGGCUGGCGAGAAUCGAAGCCGUUGCUGAGUUUAGACUACCUACUCCCAUCUUCCGUUUGUCUUCCUCAACGGAGCCAACGCCAAAAUCGUCAGAUAUAUCCUUGUCAAACCCAUUCGAUGAUGAAUAUGCUUGUGGAGUACGUAGCGGUGAGCUUGCCAGGGAUCCACUUACGCUGGCUCGUUUUCUCGCAUCUCGUGCAGUGGCUUAUGGUCGACACUUCCUUGUCAUCGACAAACCUGCCAACCUCUCCGUUUAUGGACAUGCUCUUUCCGCUUCUCCUCUUAUUUCUGGCGCGACCUCUCAAUCACGUCCACUAAGUAUUUACGAGUGCCUUCCCCACCUGCGAGAUCUUCUCUCAGAGUCAAAUCCCUUCUCUCUCACCGAUCCCUCCGAUACCAGACACCCGGUUUCAGUCCUAGUUGCUGGAAAGGGGAACAAGGUUUCAAAACGUUCCUUUUCGGAUGCCUGGACGCCUCCCUCUGAAAUUUUCAUAGUUGAACCGCUGCCAGCUGCCUACUCAGGUCUCAUCCUUCUCGCCACCUCCAAGGGCUAUGCAGAUUUCGCUCGCAGUUUCUAUAGGGACGCAACCAAAAAUACCGUGAGUUUCCUAUUUGGUCGCGCUAUAAUUGAUAAUUUCCAGGUUUAUAUGAGGUGA